GCCGAAGUGGCCGAAGUUCCCCUUUCGCCUCCGUACCUUUCAUUCCUUCGCCCGUGCUUUUUUCUUUUUGCAUGCAUCUGCAUCUUUUUUAUCUAGUGGCCUCCCCGUCAAAUCGUGUCGAUCACUUGCUUUUUUCUUCCCUCGUUUUCUUUUUAUCCGUACUUGCGAUGACAUGCGGCUCACGGACCAGACCAUAAUUCCCACGUUGUUGUUUUUUACAUAAUUACCUGCAUCUGACUCCACCGCAUCAAUUAAGGCUUGGCGCCUUUUUUUCACCCACGAUCUUUCUCUCGUUUUCAUAACAUAAUACCCCUCAAAAUGUCACAUGAUAAACCCAAGACCACCGACAUCAAAGUCGAAGUGGCCCUCACUCGCGAUGUCGAGAUCAUCGAGAUGAGAAACAUGAGCAAUGCCUCGCACAAAGAUGAAAACACAACGACAUGGGCCAUCUCAGCGCCGAAGCAGGAAGACGACAAGGAGCAGAAUGAUUGGCUCGAUGGAUUCAGAAGAGCGGACAGGAGAAAAUUGAAGAAGGGUUGGGAUAAGGGGUAUCACUCUGAGCCGAAGCCUCAUGUUCCGGGGGAUCGAUAUUUCGAUAUUCGUGCGGCGAACGCAAAGACUGCUACGUCGGCGCUGGCGAGGGAAUUGAAGGGCAGGCAUUUGCAGAUGAUUGCUUUUGGCGGUGCUAUUGGUACCGGUUUGUUCAUCACUUCUGGCAGUGCUCUUCACCAAGGUGGUCCUGGAAGUGUUCUCCUCUCAUACGUCGUCAUCGGCGCACUUCAAUACUGCACCAUGCAAUCGCUCGCUGAGCUCUGUGUCAUCUUCCCCAUCGCCGGUUCGUUCUCUGCUUUCUCGACUCGCUUUCUGGAUCCUUCUUGGGGUUUUUCUAUGGGAUGGAACUACUGUCUUCAAUGGCUCUUCACUCUUCCGCUUGAGAUCAUUGCUGGCGCAUUCACAAUCACUUACUGGAACGAAGACAUCUCCAAAUCCGUUUUUGUUGCCAUUUUCUUAGCAGCCAUUUUCAUCAUCAACUUGUUUGGCGUUAAAGCGUACGGUGAAGCUGAAUUCGUCUUCUCCAUCAUCAAGGUCACUGCGAUCGUAGCCUUCAUUCUUCUUGGAAUUGUAAUCAACAUAGGAGGCGAACCUACCUCGGGCUACAUCGGAGGCCGCUAUUGGAUCGACCCCGGCUUAUUCAACAACGGCUUCAAAGGCUUCUGUUCCGUACUCGUGACAUCAUGCUUCUCCUUUACCGGCACCGAACUCAUCGGCCUCGCAGCAGCGGAAACAGCCAAUCCUCGCAAAUCCCUCCCGAGCGCCAUCAAGCAGGUCUUCUGGCGCAUCACCCUCUUUUACAUUGUAGCCCUGAUGCUCGUCAGCCUUCUUGUUCCCCACGACGACCCGAGAAUCUUGGACGCUAGCUCCUCCAACUCUGCGGCCUCACCUUUUGUCGUCGCUAUCGAAACUGCCGGAACCACUGUGCUGCCCAGUGUUAUGAACGCUGUUAUUCUCAUUGCUGUCAUCAGCGUUGGCAACUCGUCGGUCUUUGGUUCUUCGCGAACCCUUGCUGCUCUUGCUGAUCAAUCCAUGGCACCGGCUAUCUUCUCCUAUGUUGAUAAACAGGGUCGACCUUUGGCUGCUAUUAUCUUUUCUUGCUGUAUUGGACUUUUAGCUUUCAUCGCUGACCUGAAGGCUCAUGAUGUCGUCUUCAACUGGUUGUUAUCCAUUAGCUCUCUCGCGACUCUCUUUACUUGGGGCAGCAUCUGUCUUACUCAUAUCCGCUUCCGCAACGCAUGGGCACACGCGGCACAUACCCUCGAGCAACUACCAUUCCGCUCACGACCCGGCACAUACGGCUCCUGGUUCGCUCUGGCUGGAUAUGUCCUUGUCUUGUUGAGCCAAGUCUGGAUAGCUGUCGAUCCUGUUGAUCACAAAACGAACGAGACCACAAACGACAUUGUGCAGAACAUUUUCCUUAAUCUCAUGGCUGUUCCCAUUGUCCUGAUCAUGUACCUCGGACACAAGCUUUGGUACAGAACGAACUUUGUGGCUUUGGAUGAUAUUGAUAUCCAGACUGGACGACGUUAUUAUCGUGUCCAUUUGAUGAGUGAUCAGGAGAGGGAGGCACGUGUUACCUGGCCUUUGUGGAAGAGGGCUUACCGAUAUUUCUGUUAAUGAAGCGUUGUCUCUAUUUGUAUUCCUCUGGCUUGGAUAUGAGUUACCAGAUCAGCUUUUUUGAGAAGGCAUAAUUAAGGAAUUUCAUGACAUUGACCAAACCUUGAUUCUGUCAAACCACUCGUUUUGUGUCUUUUAUGUCGUAGUUGUAAUCAUUGCAGUCAUGGC